UCCAGCUGACCGCGAGAGCGAGUGUCUCGCCGACUCCCGUGGCAGGAAGACCUAUUCCGUGUGUCGUGUGUUUCGGGUUUUAUUUUGUGAGAGAAAGACGGACUAUUUAUUGGUGCUUUUGCUGAAGGAUAAACCGGCAAAAUGUAUGAUGUGUUCGGGUCGAUCCGCGGUCUAUUGAAAAUAGACUGCGUGAGCAUCGACAACAAUAUCUUCCGCAUGCACUACAAAGCCACGAUGUUCAUCCUGGUGGCGUUCAGCCUGCUGGUGACGCAGAAGCAGUACUUCGGCGACCCGAUCGACUGCAUUGUCGAAGGCGUCGACUCGGGGAUUAUGGAUACGUACUGCUGGAUCCACUCGACCUUCACGAUACCCUCCUUGACGGGCGCGAAGAUCGGAGAGGAGGUGCCCCACCCGGGCAUCGCCAACCCUAACAUCCACGGGCCCGACGACCACUACCAGACCAAACACCACAAGUACUACCAGUGGGUGACGCUCUUCCUGUACCUUCAGGCUAUCAUGUUCUACAUCCCAAGAUAUCUUUGGAAGAUCUGGGAAGGUGGCAAGGUAAAGAUGCUGGUGAUGCAACUGAACUCUCCCAUUGUUGAUGACGAUGCCAAGCGAGAACGCAAGCAAAUGUUGGUCAACUACUUCAGCCUCAACUUGCACAAUCAUAACUUCUACGCCUUCAGAUUUUUCGCGUGCGAGGUCUUGAAUUUCGUCAACGUUAUUGGACAAAUCUACUUUACUGACAGAUUCCUUGGCUACGAGUUCACGACAUACGGCACACGUGUACUUCAGUUCAGCGAACAGGAAAUCGGCACUCGCCACGACCCUAUGGAUGAGGUGUUCCCCAAGGUAGCAAAGUGCACAUUCCACAAAUACGGAGCUUCAGGCACCGUCGAGCGACAUGACGGCCUGUGUGUGCUCCCCUUGAACAUCUUCAACGAGAAAAUUUACAUUUUCCUUUGGUUCUGGUUCAUCAUUGUAGCUGUGAUCUCCGGCGUUGGCCUGCUCUACCGCCUGGCCACCUUCACUCCUGCAUUCCGUCAGAUCCUUCUAAGGACCCGCUCCCGACUCGCAUCCUCAGACAACGUAGAGGCCAUCUCCCGCAAGUGCCAGAUUGGAGACUGGUUCGUUCUUUAUCAACUAGCCAAGAACAUGGACCCACUGAUUUACAAGGAGUUCAUCACCGACCUGGCGAACAAGCUUCAAGGAAAGGGCCCACCAUAUUUACAUUAUGUGGAUGCAAGUUUACACGGAGUCCUGUUACUAAGCGAGCCGGGAGGGGUAGAAAGCAGCAAAGGUCUGUCUACGAGUGUAAACGAGGCGGGGUGGGGGGCUGUUAGUGGGCCUCGCAUUACAGUUGGUGUCUGGACAGGGGCCGAAAGGAGGCUCAGAUGUCGUAAUGACUGUCACCAUGUUAUUCCACUCGAGUUUGAAAACUGGAACUCGUCGACAAGAAAUCCUGGGAAAGUCAUGGGAAUUUACACCAGAAGACUCGAUUUGUUUUUCAACGCCUAUUUCAUGAAAAGCGUCAAUAUCAUGCUACAAAUUGCAAAGACUCGUUGUUUCAUGUUACACACAAGUCGGCACCAUGCCACCAGAACAGACACUGGGAAACUGCCCUUGACGCAUUCAAACCUCAUGUUACGCUCUAGUCCACCUCUUCCCUCUACGUGGCUAGUCUCGAAGCCUCCUCGCCUCUCCACGAUGCAUGAUGUUUUCGACUCAAUCCGGGGUCUGCUCAAAGUGGACUCCCUCAGCGUGGACAACAGGAUCUUCCAAAUGCACUACAAAGUCACGAUGUUCUUUCUCCUGGCGUGCAGCUUGCUCGUGACGCAGCGGCAGUACUUCGGCGACCCGAUCGACUGCAUCGUGGAACAAAUCGAUCAAGAGGCGAUGGAUACCUACUGCUGGAUCCACGCAACGUUCACCAUCCCCGAACUGAACGGCGCCGUCGUCGGGAACGAGGUGGCGCACCCGGGCGUCGCGAACCCAAACACCCCCGGCGAAGAGAAACGCGAGAUCAAGCACCACAAGUACUACCAGUGGGUGACCCUCGUCCUGGCGUUCCAGGCCCUCUUCUUCUACGUCCCGCGCUACCUGUGGAAGAUGUGGGAAGGAGGCAAGAUUAAGAUGUUGGUGAUGCAGCUGGACACGCCCAUUGUUGAUGAUGACGUCAAGAAACAGCGCAAGGACAUGCUCGUGUCUUACUUCAGGUUGAAUAUGAAUAACCACAAUAUCUACGCUUUUAAGUUCUUCUGCUGCGAGGUUUUAAACUUCAUCAAUGUGAUUGCACAGAUUUACAUAACGGAUGCGUUCCUCGGCUACAGCUUCUCGACGUACGGGCGCGAGGUAGUCGAGUUCAGCCAGCAGGAGAUCGCUUCGAGAGACGACCCGAUGGACCGCGUGUUCCCCAAAGUAGCCAAGUGUACCUUCCACAUCUCCGGGGCUUCGGGUAGCCAGGAGAAACACGACGGUCUGUGCGUUCUCCCGCUCAAUAUCUUCAACGAGAAGAUUUACAUUUUCCUGUGGUUCUGGUUCAUCAUCGUAGCUGUGAUCACGGCUAUCGGUCUGCUCUACCGCAUCGCCACCUUCCUCCCCGGCUUCAGGCAGGUGCUUCUGAAGACCAAGUCACGCCUCGCCUCUUCAGGGACGAUCGAGGCAGUCUCUCGGCGCUGCAAAAUCGGCGACUGGUUCCUGCUCUACCAGCUGGCCAAGAACAUGGAUCCUCUCAUAUACAAAGAAUUCCUGAGCGAACUUGCCUACAAGUUGGACGAGAGCUGAUUUUUGAAGCUUCACAGAAACAAACAAACAAACAAAAAAAGCUGAGAAGCACAUUCCUUUUUCUUGGUCUUCCCAUAUCAAGAAACUUUAAAUUAUGGAGAUAUUUCAUACUUUUUUCUUUAAACUUAGAAAAAGAAGGUAUGGUAAUUAAUCUCCCUGUGGUAUAAAAUAAGAAAAAAAAAGGAGAAAAAAAUUGUGUACAGUUAUCCCAUCACCAAAAAUACCCACAUUCCUUAAAAUACAAUAAUGAUAUAUUGAGUCCCAGAAUGUAUGAUCUUUCCUUAUAUUGUAUAAUAGAGUGUGUAUGCGAUUAAUGAAUACCGGUUAUUGUAUCACGGAUUUGUGUACGAUGUGAAUGAUUUUUUUUUUCAUUUUAAUAAAGGCUUAUUUGUAUA